GGACACGAUCACCAUCUUAAGCCAAGAUCAGUGUCUCGUGAAAAGUCGAAGGGUUCACGCGUGCCACGCAACGAGUCCGAGUCCCGUGUCCACUCUUUCUGCUUCGCUUCGCGGCUCGAGGGUGGUGCAACGUGUACAUAUGUUUCUUUGAAAUGGUGCUCCUCGAUCGCAUUCUUUUCGUCCUCGUUAUUGCAGGUAGCCAGGCGGCUGUAAACAAUGGCUUCAAAAGUUACCCGACGACGGUGAAGACGUUCGAGAGUGAUACGGUGCUACUUCCGUGUUACGUCGAGGAUCUCGAUAACGUGCAGACCAGGGUCAGAUGGUGGAGGGACGGCAUCCUUUUGGCCGACAGCGGCGAGCCACGACACGUCCCGCCCGACAGAGUUAAAAUGUACUCGAACAGGAGCCUGGAGGUUUCUCAGGUGAAACGGAACGAUACCGGCGAGUACGUGUGCCAGGCGUCCCGACCGGCUCCCUGGGGACACGCGACGCAAGUGCACGAGAUCGAAGUGAUGUAUCCCCCGAGCGUCCAUCCAGUGCCAAAGUCCGGCAAACUGGAAGUUAAUCUAGGAGAUGAGGUGAAAAUGGCGUGCGAGGCGGAAGGUGUUCCACUGCCUACCAUAUCCUGGAGGAACAAGGACGGUGAGAUACCGUUCGUUUACGACAGGUCGCAGCUGCGUUUCCACGCGGAGAAUUCCAGCGUCGCCGGUCGUUACACUUGCGUCGCGAACAACGACGUCGGCGAUCCAGCCACGGCAACUAUAGACCUCUACGUCAGAUACAAGCCCAGAAUCGAGAAGACGAAGACUUGGAUGAACGCACCGCCCGGUGUACGCGUGCAGUUGCAUUGCGGGGUGUCUGCUUGGCCGGAGGCGACGGUGGAGUGGUACUUCAACAACAGAAGCGUGAAGUACUCGUCGAGAAUCGUGAAGCAUAACUCGUGCGGCGAUCACAGUUUAGUGAUCAGGAACGUCAGGACGACGGAUUACGGUUUCUACAUGUGCAGGGCUUCUAAUUCCUUGGGAAUCACCGAGGCGGCGAUCGAAUUAUCGGGUAUCCCGAACCCGGCCGCCUUCAAAAAGAGUCACGGCCUGUCAAAGACCUCGUACAAUUUCGUCUGGGAAGUCUACAGUUACAGUCCCAUCAUCCAGUGCGAGUUCAAGUUUCGGAAAUGUAAGAAUGGCGUCGGUGGCCAAUGGCACACGUUGUACAUACCAAAUGGCAACGACGACAACAGUUACGUUCACACUUAUUCGUUCACCCUAACGGGGCUGGAAGAGGCAUCGCACUAUGAAGCGGUUGUCUCGUCGAAGAAUCGUUACGGGUGGAGCAAACCCUCGGAAAUAAUGCGAUUCGCGACGGAAGGUGCUUCCGACGAGGACAACUAUGUGACCAACUCGAUACAGGAGGACAAGAUCGUACCAGAAGUACAAUUUGCAUCGAUGUCGCAGCACUCGACCUUAAGCGCUAACGGAAGCGGAUCGAACUUGAACCGGAGAGAAAUGAUGAUGAUGAUUCCUGUAUUAUAUAUUCUUAGCGUGAAUUUUUAAAAUUGUCAAUUUUUCUUUUUUGUAUAGAAUAUGUCCGUGUUCGGUGAUUUACUGUAGUAAGCGUACAAGCGAAAGGAGAUUAUUGGAAGAAAAAUGAUUCGUGUCCUACAUUAGGAUAAACUUUCGUAAGAUAAGAUUGACGAGCUUUAAAAUUGUACAUAAAUUUGAACCUAUAUAUUUCGCACAUUAUAAUUCCAUUACGACUACUCGAGGUUGCUUUUCUUCUUUAUUUUUAAGGGAUUACGAUUAAUGUUGUAUUUCGGUUUAAUUCUCGCCUCGACCAUCCAAAUAUAUAUACCGACAAAACCAGCAAAUGAUACCAAUUGUAGAAUUUAAGAAACAUUAAGUAAUUUCCUAGCAAUGCAAAGAUUUAAAAAUAAAACGUAGCGUAAGUCUUAAUAAAACAUAGAUGUUGCGAGUAGUUUUAUUUAUACGCGAUGAUGAGAAAGAUUUAAUUGAAUCGUUUGACUCGUAUCUGUUAACUUUUAUUUUAUCAAUUUUCGAUGAUGUAUUCGUAUAUAUUGAAGUUGUAUUUACUUUCGAACAAAUUACUGAAUAAACGUGUAAUUAU